AUGGAAAUACCCAACCAGCUCGUUCGACUCGGUGCCAAACGGGUCAGCGGUGCCAAAUAUGAUUUCAUCUGGAUGAAUGGCUCGCCGAUGGACUUCAAGAAGUUCAACGACUAUUACAUGGACAACUCGAACGGAAAUGAAAAUUGCUUGGAUAUGUCGCACGGAGAUACCUGGAACGACAUCCCCUGCCACAUGCCCGAGCUGGUCGUGUGCCAGAAGAAAGCCACUCACGUAUCGUCCGGGAAA